AUGAGAAAGGCACUGGAACCAGGGUUGCGCAUAGCAAUCACCCUCCGCUACUUGGCCUCAGGCGAUUCUUAUAAAAGUCUAUCUUACAACUUUCUUGUUACCACCAACACCAUCUGUGGUAUUGUCCGAGAAACCUGUGAGGCGAUCAUCAAAUUUUAUGCAGCUGAAGUGAUGGAAUGCCCCAGGACACCAGAUGCGUGGAAGAGAGUGGCGCUGGGGUUUGAAAACAGUUGGAACUUUGCUCACACAUGUGGGGCUUUGGAUGGCAAACAUGUGGCAAUUUGUUGUCCACCCAGAGGUGGCUCAAAUGAUUUCAAUUACAAGAAAUUCCACUCAAUUGUACUCUUGGCGGUGGUUGAUCAUAACUACAACUUCCUGUAUGUGGAUGUGGGCACACCUGGAAGUGCUGGUGAUGGCCGGAUUUGGAAAGAAACCUGGCUUGGAAAGAAAAUGGAAGGUGGAACAGCAGGCAUGCCUGAUCCAGAACCUCUGCCAGGAGAAGACAGCCCGACACCCCAUAUGCGAUGGUUGCUGACGAAGCCUUUGCACUAUGGUCCCUGGAUUAUGAAGCCAUAUCCACAGAGGAAUCUAACUAGGGAACAGAGGAUCUUCAAUUACAGGCUGUCAAGGGCUAGGAGGGUUGUAGAAAAUUAUUUUGGCAUCUUGGCAAACAGAUUUAGGUGCUUGUUCAAGACAAUGGAGCAGAAGCCCAAGAAUGUGGAGACUAUAGUAUAUGCAGCAUGUGUUCUGCACAACCUGAUCUGA